AAAUGACUCAGCUAUCGCUCAGCGACGCGGACAAGGCGACGCUCGCUGCGACAGACGACGGCGCUCGCGUCGCGCUGCUGAAAGAUCUCUUCAAUCGCUGCUACGGAGCGGCUCCGGAGCACGUCGCGCUGGCUGGCGGCCGCGUCAACCUGAUCGGAGAGCACGUCGAUUACCCGGACGUGCAAUUCAACAAUGAUCCGGUAGUCCACCUCUACUCCAUGGGCGGUGCCAUCCAGAACAGCUACCUCGCACUCGUAGCCGCGCGUAGCGACAAGAAGAUUGUCCUCUGCCACACGGCGGUCGGCGAGGUUUUCACUGUCGAGCUCGCAAAGUUGGCGCAGCUCGAGGAGGAGGCGGUCAAGCAGCGAGCGGAUGGGCUGGCGAUGGCGGAGCGGUCCACGCCGGUGUGGGCCAACCACACUCUCGGCGCCGUCGCCCUCAUGAUCAGCAGCGGAGCGCCGUGCGAAGGGCUGAGCCUGCUCCUCACGUCCAACGUGCCGCCCGGCGCCGGCAUGUCCAACUCGGCGGCAAACUGCGUCGCGCUCGGCCUCGUGUUCAACGAGCUGUACCCCACCCUCGCGCUCGACACCCAGAUGAAGGUCGUCACCUUUGCCCGCGACGCCGAGAACUCAAAGUUUGGCGGAGGCCACUGCGGAUGGCUAGACCAGAUGCUCAUUGCCUGCUCGAAGGAGCACAUGCUGACCAAGAUUGACUACGCGGACCACUCGAUCGAGCACUUCACCUCUCAGCUGCCCAAGGAGACGCAGUUCGUCGCGAUCAACACAAACGUCCCGCACGUCCUCGCCGAGUCGGACUACAGCCACCGCGUGCGCGAGCUGACUGUCGGCAUCGCCUUCCUCAGCAAGAUACUCGGCGAAAAUGCUGGCGGUCCGCUCCUCAAGCUCUCCUCGCUCAACAGGCUGAUUGCAGCAGUCGACCCCGCCAACCCGGCCAGCAAGCCGGUCCGCCUUGAGAACAUUAAGAUGGGCGCGCUCGCCGCGGCCGCCCCCGACGGCAGCCCAAAGUUCCCGUCGAUCAAGGCCGAGCUGGCCGAGCCGGAGCCGCUCGGCCACCAGAAGAUCCAGGAGAUCGUGGCGGCGGCAAAGGGCGAUGCGUUGCGGGCCG